UGUGAUAAUAUCAACACCUACAGACCGGAAGGGCAUGUUGCGCGGCUUUUCAGCGGGAAACCAAAAGGGGUUUUUGAGAGUAUCGAAGAAGUAGUGGAAGCAGUGAAUUCUGUUACCAUUUUGCUCAAUUCGGCGCACCAUGCAUUUUACAGUUCAUUUCGGGCAGUGAUCAGCGCAGUGGCCGAAUUUUCAAGGUUAAAAGCGCAGAUUACCGGCGCAGUGAAAUCUUCUGCAUUACUGAAUUGGUUGCGUUACAUUUGGCGGUUGCUUCUGCGCUACUUCCGGUUCAGAAGAGUACUGCGUGUGAAUCAAGAAACUUCAACAGCAGUGCUAGAGGAAUUGGAACCGUUGACACAGGCACUGCCGCCGCUAGCGCAGACCGAAGCAAAUUCAUUUCGGCCUUUGUUUUCUUGGGUUUUAUGGCUCUCCGUAAUAAUUGGAUCGUAUUUCGCACUCCGAUUAUUAGCACGCGCUGUGGCUCAUUUGGAGGAGUGUUUGCGAUGGUCAGAUGGGGAAGGCGAAUACUACGAAGCAGUAGCCGUUCAGGACUAUACUGCUGCAGGAGAGGGUAGAAUUUCAUUCAAACGUAACGAAGUGUUACGCGUUGCACCAAAGCGUUAUCAGCCACAGUGCCGUGGUUACCUUCUGGCAAGGCAAGUUAUUUGA